ACGGGCCGUCUCACCCGCGUUACUUUUUUAUUUUUAUAUCUGCCAAUCAAAGUUGUCCUGAAGGGAAGCUUGUCGGUGUAUUCUUAAUACAGCUUAUGUUACUUAAUUAUUCUACUUUUUGUGCUAUUACCUAGGUAGAAUUGUUAUAUUUUUAUUGAAAAAUGACGCAAUGUAUGAUUGUCAUAUGAUGGUCCUGUUUUUUUUUUUUUUGGCAGGGGGGUUAAGUUUUGAGCGCACACUUUUUUUAAUUAUGAUUAUAGAAUAUUUAUAAAAUGAGCUAACAUCCAUAUCAACUCUUUUUUUCUCUCCAGUUUAUGACAUUUGUCUCCACUGGGUCUUUCUCUCUUGUGGGUCCAUGUAGCUGUGGACUCAGAGGGUGUGGUGGGGCUGUGGCCGUGCUCUGUGGCUACACUGUCUCCUCUCAAUUGCUGCACAACCACCAUUUUGUGUAUCCGCACAUUUUUCCCUCAUUCAGCUAAAGUUUUCCAUUCCCCCUCUGACUCAAAAAAACCACUCCGCUCAACUUUUCCCUCCCACUUCUCCUUUUGUACUGUUCUCAUCCAGCAGCAGUUGGAGACAUAAUACACCCUCUUUUGAGUUUUGUGAUUGAUUUUGUUCUUCUUUUGCUGACCUCCCACCACUCGUGAGCAUUACAUGUUGUGAGGAAGGGCGUCGGAGAGAAGAGAAUGGUGUUCAGACACACCUCAGCAGCCAUGCCUUCAGAACUAGAGACCGCCAUGGAGUCACUCAUCAAGGUGUUCCACCGCUACGCCACCAACGUCGGCAAAGAACGCUUCGCACUCAGCCGGCGACAGCUCAAAGACUUGAUGGAGAACGAGCUGUCGACCUUCCUCCAGUCCCAGAAGGACCCUGCUGCUGUGGACAAAAUCAUGAAGGAUCUGGACAGCAACUGUGACGGCCACGUUGACUUUGAGGAGUUUGUUUCCCUGGUUGUUGGACUCUCAAUUGCCUGUGAGCAUUGCUAUCAAAACAAAAUGAAGAUGGGGAAGAAGUAAGCAGCUGGAGAAAAGAAAGAAACCACAAAAGCAUUUAAAGUUUUGUAAAGAUAGUUUUGUUCAUUAAAUACACAGAAAAAUUCCCAA